AGGAGCAUCGAAUCAAUCGCCCUCGGCAGACUUCUUCAGUGAGAGCGGCGCUUUGGGUCAGGCAGGAGCCGGGCAGACACACCAGUGGCACACCACCAUCGCUCACGAGCAUCUCGUACGCCCGGCGGUGGGCAGAUGACAGCACAAUAAGCGCUUCUUCACGACUAGCUUCACGAGGUGUUUGCCUGCUUGUGUGGAUUGCUUGUGUAUGCAGGUCUCAUGCAGCCUGUGAGCGUUGAGUGCGGUGUUUGCGGCGGUGUAGCGGCUUGUGAGUGACGAUUGGUCUGUUGAGUGUGCAGAGCCGACAAACCAGUUUGACAAAGCCACUUCCAACUGCCGUCUAUCUGCCGCUCAUCGCCACCACAGGCAGCUGGCAACCGACAGUCCUCCCUGCGUUUAGUCCUCCCCCUUUAGUCCUCCCUGCCUCUCCGCAGAUCACGACGACGGCCGCAGCCAAGCGGCUGACCUUGCCGACAUCUCUGACCUGACAGCUCCAGCAUGAUAACGAGAUGGAUAGAGAUCACUGGGGGGGAUGGCUUCUCUGCGCAUUUGUGUUGUGAUGUCGUGGCUCUCGACGACAUCAAUGCGGAUCUCAUCGACCUGAGGAAGGCCGUCUUCAACCAGAAGAAGGCAAUCGUCAGGAGUCACGUUCGGAAUCCCCUCGCUGGCGGUACGCGACACGUGUGGGGUGAGUGGACAUCAUGUGUCUGUCGAACGACUGUGUUUGUGUUCCGUCAGAGCUGUGGCUCUAUUUCCGAGGCAAAAGCGGAAGCUUUUGCAGACUCGACCAGCGUGUGGUGGACGAGUUUCCCAUAGAGGGAAAGGCCAACCGGGACAAACGGCAUGGACAGGACGAGGCACACGCCAUACCCAUGUGCGCCAUCACCAACAAACGGGAGUGGAAGGUAAGUACUUAAUGUGAUUCGGGUGAAUGCUCUCUCUGUGCGGGUGUGUGUUUCUGUGCGUGUGUGUGUGUGUGUGUGAUCCCAUCGAUCAGGCGUGGGAGAGGGAGGUGGCCGUGGGCAUGACGUGGGGUAGGCUGGUCUCACUGGGAGACCGGUUGGCGUCCCCGUUCGACCUGCUGCCCCGCGUCCCGUCGAUCGGCCACACACACACCCGGCGCGGCAGCGGCAGAGUGCCUCUCCUCCACGAGCCAGCAACCGUCGUCACAGACGAGGGGGAGGAGACCAGCACAUAGCCAUGAACCGAGGCCUUCCACAAUCCGAGCCGCAGAGAGGAGAGUCGGAACUGGACAUGGUCGUGUGCCAACAAGUCUGGGGACUGGGGGCUUAAGUAAGGUGUCCAUCUUUUUUCUUAGUAGCUACGAAGGUGAUUGUGUGCCCCCUUAGGUGCCUGCCGUUGUUGAGUGUCGUGUGAGCGUCGUGUUGUGUGUUUAUUGGUCACGACGUCUUCGUGUGUAGAGCUGUGCUUGGCUUGGCUUGUAUGCAUGUAUACGAUUUGUGUCAACCACUGGGACGGACACUGACUGGCUGAACCUACCUGCACUGUAUGGCUGUCUGUCUGUACACAAGCUCACACUGACCACACCGACGCACAGUCACCUCACACACACACACACACACCAUGUUCAAAGCAGCCCACGUGUUUGAGUGAGUCGGGACUGCAGAGAUCGAUGUGUGAUGGGUGAGACAUGCCAAGGUGCGAUUGAUUCAGUCAUACAGUCCGCCAUAC